AUGAAAUACUUUUCGACAAUAACAAAAUUAAGUAGAUUCCUGUAUCCUAGGUCUUAUAGAUCUUAUCAAAAUGUUAUCCAAAAGAAAGGUUACCGUACAAGUAUUGACGAUGACGUCGUGAAAAUCAAAAUACCAAAAAAUAAAGCCCGAGAUUCAGUAGUUAUAGAUUCUAGUUUUGGAUUUCCUGUCAAGCCAGCCAAGGAAAAAAAAGGCAUUGAAAGGGUUAUACAACUGGAACCUAGAAAAGUAAAAUUUGAUGAUUUAGAAUUUAAGAGGGAUAGAGAUAAAGACAUGGUUCCAAAAGAAUUAGGGAUUAGAAGGAGAAAAACUAUUGAUUUAGAGUUUGAGAGAGAAGAAGACAUGGUUCUAAAGAACAAAAAACUUAAAUUAAUUUCCGCAAAAGAUGUAGCUGGUCAAGAAAGUAUGUCUGAGAGGGACAGAGACAUGGUUCCAGUGAACGAAAAACCUAAAUCAAUCUCGAAUAAAGUAGUUGUUCAAGAUAGCACAAAGAAGGAAAAAACGACGAUAAAACUUAAGAAAAUGGAGACCAAUCAUAAGAUAACGACUUUAGCUAAUGGAAUACCAAAUGUGACAACGGGAAUUGCUCCUGAUAUCCUUGAUAAACUCGAUAGAUCAUAUUUUAGAGAAGGGGAUAUGGUAAUUUUACGUGAUACGAAAAGAAGUGAAGGGCAAAAAAGAAAAUUAAUUGGUCCUUUAAAAAGGGGAAGUAAAAGUAAAGAAAAAAAUAGUGAAGUAAUAGAACAUGAUUUAAUAAUAGGGCAACCGAUUCGAUCCAUGAUUAAAACGAUGCAAAAAAAACCUAAGAAUCGUAAAAUUUAUGCACUUCAUUUUCCAACAUUGGAAGAAUAUUGUCUGUUAAUUCCACGUACAAAGACACCUACUUAUGCUAAGGAUGCUUCCACCAUAAUAACUUUACUUGACAUAAACCCUUACUCAAGAAUUAUGGAAGCCGGUACUGGAAAUGCAUCUUUAACCCUUUAUCUAGCUCGUGCUCUAUAUCCACUUGGUCAUUUACACUCUAUUGACAUCGAUCCUGUAUCUAGUGAAAACGCUAAAAAAGCUUUUAAGAAUUUCUCUCGUGGAAUUUAUUCAGAUGUCGUAAAAUUCAGCACUGGGAAAUGUUCAGAUGUAAUAGAUGCUAUAGAUGAAGAAUAUGAUGGAGUGGCUUUAGAUAUGCCAGAACCAUUAAACGAAUUACCUUCCAUCAUUUCAAAAUUAAAAAUUGAUAGAUUCAUGGUUUGUUAUUUACCAAAUAUGACUCAGGUGUUAACAUUAUGUCAAUUGAUCAGAAAGCAAAAGUUGAGAUUGGGAUUGGAAAGAGUUUUAGAGAUACAAUGGAGACCUUGGGAAAUUAAAGCAACCGUUAUUAGAAGUAGGAUGAAUUCAAAAGAAGUUUCUGUAAAAGAAUUGAUAAAUAAAGAUGAAAUACCAGAUGAAGCAUUAGGGUAUGUAUGUCGACCUUCACAUGAACCUACAGCACAUACAGCUUUUUUGGUACAUUUAAAAAAAAUCAGUGAACUUCCAAUGCAAACAAAGGAUAUAAAUGAUGCAGAAGAUGAUAAUUCCGAUAAUCACGAUGUAGAAAAUGAUACAGAUGAUGAUAAUUCUGAUAAUUAUGAUAUAGAGAAUAAUACAGAAGAUGGUGAUUCUUGA